AUAGGUUUAGUCUGAAAUAUAUUUAUGAGUAUAUGUUACCAUGUUAACAUUUGUAAAAUUCCAUGAACACAUUGAAAUUUAAAUAAUUAAAAUAAUAAUUAAAAAAGGAAAAAGAAAAAAUGUUUGGUCUGCAUUAUAUCUUCCUGUUGUGUUCAAUAAAAUAUUGAAAUGAAAAUAUAUUUUUUAAUAAACAAUAAAAAAGAAAGUAGGUAUGGUCUGCAUUAUAUUUAUGUCUAUUUGUUCCUAUGCUGACAUUUGUACUGUUCAAUAAAAAUAAUAAUAAAAAAGUAAAAUAAAAACAAUAAACCUAAUAAUAAUAAUAAUAAAAGAAAAUUGGUUCGAUCAGCAUUAUAUUUAUCUUUAUUAUUCUUGUGUUAACAUUUUUAGUGUUUGAUAAAAAAAAUAAUAAAAAAAAAUAAUUAAUGAAAAAGAUUUGAUAAAAAAAAUUAAUAAAAAAAAUAAUUAAUGAAAAAGAUUUGGUCUGCUGCUUUUUUCCGGUUUGUGACGUCACAAACCAAAACAAUCGUAGCUCUCGGCUAGCGGGACGAUGGCGAGCGACGAGCUGGACCGGUUUGCGGUUCUGUACAUCACGCACGUGCUGUACGCGCUGAUCUGCCUGCAGCUGCGGAACACGCUGUCGCUGCUGGUUCUGGUUCUGAGCGCGGGCCGGCGGCACCGCCUCAUGGUGCAGCAGUGCGCCAACAGCGCCUUCUCCGCGCUGCUCCAGCUCGGGCCCUCCCUGCUGCCCAGGGUGCCCCGCAAGUGCUGGAUGCGGGUCCGGAGCAAAGACUGGUGGGACCGCGUGGUUCUGAAGGAGUUCUCUGACGUGGAGUGGAGGGAGCAUUUCCGGAUGACGCGCGGCUCCUUCGACAAGCUGUGCGCGCUGAUGGAGGAGGUGCUGCGCCCCCAGGACGUGACGGUUCGAGCGCCGAUUCCGCUGCAGAUGCGGGUCGCUAUUGUUCUGUACAAGCUGGCGGGCUGCGCCGAAUACAAAGUCAUUGCGAACAAGUUCGGCGUGCACAAGACCACCGUGAAAAAGUUUGUGUACUCCUUCUGCAAGGGGAUGGUCUCCUCUGUGAUCAACCAGCUCAUCAAAGCGCCCUCGGCGGAGCAGGCGCGCGCCAUUACGCGCAGGUUUGAGGAGAAGUUCUGCAUCCCUCAGGUGGUGGGAUGCAUCCACCGGACCCAUAUCCCUGUUCUACCGCCCAGUGACGGAUUCAAACACUUUGUGAAUCGCAAAGGGUGGCCUUCUUAUGUCCUGCAGGCUGUGACAGAUGACACGUGCCGGUUUUGGAACAUCAACUGCCAGAUGCCCGGAAGUACCGCUGAUGCAGACAUCCUCAGACAGUCAGCUCUGUACAGCCAAGCACACCUGCUGCCACAGGAACCCAAAGAAAUCAGUGGAACUUCCAUCAACCUUUUCCUUCUAGGCGACCCAGCGUAUCCUCUUCUGGACUGGCUCAUUACAGAAUACGCUCCGUCCCCACAUUUAACCGCGGAGCAGGAAUCCUUUAACGCCUACGUGAGAUCUGCCAGGACUACAGUGGACACGGCGUUUGGGAAGCUGAAGUCCCGCUGGAGAGUGCUGCUGAGGAAGUGCGAUUUCCACUACACGUUUAUACCCCACGUCAUCGCCACUUGUUGCGCACUGCACAACUUCUGCGAAGUCGAGGAGGAGGGCUUCAGCCCCACGUGGACGGAGGAAGCGGCGGUGAUGGAGCGCCGGAUGCUACAGCCAGACGUUUGCCCGUGCGGCGAAUCGGAGCGCUUCGAUGGCCAGAAAGUCAGACUUACUUUAACAGAGUAUUUGAGAACUAACUUUCCUCUGCACAAGUCAGGGUUUGAACAUUUUUUAAGUAAUGAAUAAACACAAAAAACAUGUGUUUUGUUUUUUAUUCACAAUAUUGUAAAAAAUAAAUAAAAAGUCUUUAAAAAAAUAAAAAUCAAUCAAUGACCUCCUGUUUAAUAUCCUCUGCUAGUGGUUCUCCAUAUCGCAUGUUGUCCUCCUGGUUUGGCAUUUGUGACGUGUCCGGUGACGGCCGCAAGCUGUGAAUGGUUUCCACCAGAGCGGACACCACGCUUGCAUUGCUUUGGAGGAUGCUGUUCACCAGCCGCUCCUCGCGCUCCUGGCUCUGCUGGAUGUACUCCAUCCAGGUGUUCUGCAUCUGCUGCAUCCUUUGAAAGAGCUGCUCCAGAUCCGACCCUUGGCGCCUCCUCCUCCCAGAUAAUGUGAUUUUGGGUGCAGCUGCUGCAGAACAAAAUAAAUCACAGCGAUUUAAUCAUAUGGUAACGGGAUUAAUGUGAAAUGUAGCAUUGUUUUUCAUUCGAUAACAGAACCAAGAAACUUGCUCAAAAAUAAAAGAUGUGUCUUUUAAGGCCACAGAGUUUCGAGUUUUAAAGCAUUUCCAGUAGUUCUUUAAUUAAGAUUUUGCCAUUUUCAAAAAAAAAAAAAAAA